GGUUGGUUGAAGUUCGCAGUGGCACCGCGUCGGGUUUAGAUAGGCACUUUUAAAACCACAAUUUCUUCAUUCUUAAACUAAAGAGUAACAAACAUGGUCAUCAAAGUUUAUUUAGCGACUGCAUCUGGCUCAACAGCGAUCAAGAAAAAGCAACAGGAUGUGGUGGGGUUCUUGGAAGCCCUUAAGGUUGACUAUACAGAAUUUGAUAUUGCCACAAACGAAGAGAACAGAAUGUGGAUGAGAGAGAACGUGCCUGGAGAGAAGAAACCAUCAAACGGAAUCCCAUUACCCCCGCAGAUCUUCAAUGAUCAGAAUUACUGCGGGGACUAUGACACUUUCUUCAACGCCAAGGAAGACAAUGAAGUGUUUGCAUUCCUGGGCCUCGCUCCUCCCCCAGGUUCAAAGGAAGCUCAGCUUGCAGAAAAGGCGCUUGUUCUUCAGAAUGGAAAAGAUCCAGAGGAACAUCACAAAGCAUCACAGCGGUGUCAGUCUUAUCCAGUUUGCACCCUAUUGUUGUGUGAACAGGCAGAGGAAUGUAAUGGUGAUUCAGCGGCCCCCGAAGAUCUUCACAAGGUGUCCGAUCCAGGAGAAGCUGCAGAGGAAAGCGAGGAGAGCAUGAAGGAACCCAGCGAGAAAGAGGAGGAGGAGGAGGAGGUUGAAAACAAGACAGAGGACGCAGAGAAGCCAGUAACAGAGGAUGAAGAAGAGCAUCCGGUCACUGAGGAUGAAGAGGAGGAGCCCAUAACAGAGGAGGAAGAAGAGGAGGAGCCAGUGACAGAGGAUGAAGAACAAGGCGAGGCAGCUAGAGAAUCUUAAUUAUGCUUUUCAGUGCAUUUCCCUUGCAAAGAUUUUUAAGGAAACAGAAGCCCCUUCAGCCCAACACUUGCUCCCUGGAUACACACUUCUAAUCUACACAGCACAAACACAGAAUUUUCCACCGUCACAAGCCUAGGCUGUAAGAAAAGACAAGGAUAUUUUCUUAUCAGCUGCAGCCUGUUUGUCAGAAAAUCCUUUUCAGCAUGAUCAUGGAUUGCAGCCUGUUUACCACAUGGCUGCUUAAGAAAACAGCAGAUGCUUAGAUCCCUGGAAGGAUAAUCUUACCCUCAGUGUGUCGUGUUUUUCACAUAGUGCCACUUCCAAUACGAGAACAAUGGCAGAGCGAUCUGCAGUAAAAGUGCAUUUAUUAGGAGCAGAUGGUCAGGCACAGUGUUACAGAACCGCUGUGAACUUAAAACAGAAAUGCUGACUCAUUUUGGAAACUAAACUUACUCGGUCAUUGUUUGCAACAUCUGUUGCUUUGCUGUUCCUGUUCUUAAUUGUUAGUUAGUUAGUUAUUUUUAUGUUAUUGAUUACCAGAGCAACCGCUAGUUUUGCUACAAAUGUCAAAAAGGAAAAACAGGCCACCCACAAGGGUAGUGCAACAGUGUUAGGGUGUGGGGUUUAAAGAUGUUCUCUGCAGUACGUUCUGCUUCAACACCACUAGUAAUAUACUAUAUAUUUGCACCAAUAACAAUACUGAGGGCCAUAUUUACUGCACUCUCAGUUUUGUACUUUACCGUUGAGCUAAUUAAAGAAUAGAGUAAAUGCUUUGGUAAUAAGUCAGAUAUAUUUGAUCCUAUUCAAUGCACUUUUAUCACAGCUAAACUGCAGUGUUUGCUUCACAUUGUUAAAUGCCUGUGAGGGGUGGAAACUCCUGAGUCCAAAUUGGAGAAAAGGAAGAAAAAAGGUCUCUGGUUCCCAGUUCAUUAGUUCACGGUUUCCAAAGACACUCAAUGGGAAUGGCUCAUAAUCUAUCCAGAGGUCUCUUUUAUAAUCUCAGUAGCGCUUCUGCAGAUGUGGAUUUUUGUGUGUUGUCUAAUUGGACUCUGGUCAUUUCCACCCGGAGCACUGAUAUUACUGUAGAACAUAUUUGUGUAAUGUAUUGAGGUGAAUUGUUUUGUUUAUUGCCAAAUCUCCUAGUUGUAUAAAAUGUUGUUAUAAUAAAAUUCUCCAGAGUA